AUGAGCGUGACUUCGUGGUUCUUGGUGAGCAGCACUGGCAUUCGCCAUCGGCUCCCUCGGGAAAUGAUAUUCGUUGGCAGAGAUGACUGUGAACUGAUGCUCCAGUCCCGCAGUGUCGAUAAGCAGCACGCUGUAAUCAACUAUGACAAGGAGAAAGAUGAGCACUGGGUGAAGGAUCUCGGGAGCUUAAAUGGCACAUUCGUCAAUGACGUGAGGAUUCCUGACCAGAAGUACAUCACCCUAAAACUGAAUGAUGUCAUUCGCUUCGGCUAUGAUUCGAACAUGUACGUCCUGGAACAAAUUCAACACAAAGUCCCAGAAGAAGCAUUAAAGCAUGAGAAGUACACCAGCCAACUUCAAAUGAAUUACAAAGGCACGACAAUGAAGAGGGCAGAGCAGCCCAUGGAGCACAGUGUCUAUGCUGAGUCCCCACAAGCAAAACUGGAGAAAGGAGAGAGGAAAGCAAUUACAGAAACCAGUACUUACCGCACCCCUCUUUAUGGGCAGCCCUCCUGGUGGGGGGAAGAUGAUGCAAAUAACAAGGAGGACACAAGGCAAGAGGAACAUUACUCAGAAAGAUCAAAAGAGAUAACCCAACAUGAAGAGGAACUGAAUGGUAAUAUUUCUGCUUAUAGAGAUGCCCAAGAACAGUCUGUGUUUGCCUUCCGGAGAGAGCCAAGUUACUUUGAGAUUCCAACUAAAGAAUUUCAGCAGCCAUCAAAAUCUCCAGAAACACAGGUCCAUGAGAUCCCGACAAAGGAUGUUGAUGCUGUAGUAGCCCCUGUUGUACAGAGUCAUGCCUCCUUCACCAUUGAAUUUGAUGAUGGUACCCCUGGUAAAAUAAAGAUAAAAGACCAUGUAACUAAAUUUUCGCUCAGACAGAGAAGACCAUAUAGUAAGGAGCCAGCUCAUACAGAAGUGAUGUCAGCGGAGAGCAAAGUGGCUGACUGGCUUGUCCAGAAUGACCCAAGCUUGAUGAGACGACAGUCACCGGGAGACGAUGUGUACAGUACAAAGAGUGACCUGCCGGUUCAUGUGAGGACUCUUAAAGGCAAUAGGCACGAGGACGGGACGCAGAGUGACUCUGAAGACCCUGUGGCACCUAAGGCAGAGAAGGAGACAACAACAGGCAGUGAACGCGCAACGGAGCAAACCAGGCUGCAGCGCCAGAUGAGGCGCGAACCCCACGAGAUGCUGCACAACAAGCAGGCCUUCGUUAUUGAGUUCUUCGAGGACACGCCACGGAAGAAGCGGUCACAGUCCUUCACGCACAGCGCUCACUCCUCCCAGAGCGACACCGAUCCGGGGCCGAAGACCAAGGUUGAAAAGCGCAAGAACACGUUGCCAGCAGAGAAGCUGGGAAACGCGGUACCACCAUCCCACCUUGGGGCCCAGGCAGGCAAACCCAGUAACAGCUCCUCUGGGACCCAAAGAACUAGCUCCUUCAAGAGGGAGAAGACGGAGGAUCGGAUCAGCUCUUCGUCCUCCUCUGCUUCCAGAGCAUCAGCCAAAACUUAUGGGAGUGUUGGAAGGAAGUCUAAAAUGGCUCAGGAUUUUAUGGCCGAGUACUUGCGGGAAACUGCUCAGUCUGGGAAGCCAAGCGCUGAGAAACCGGCACCUCUGCCCAUGCCGGUAGCCCCACGUGUGGUUAUAUUGUCAGAACCAGAAUCUGCCUCUGCUCCACCUCCGGAAGUAAAGUCUGCCCAGGGCAGAAGGAAUGAUGAGGAAGACAGUGUGAGCGAGACGGGCACAUACACCAUUGAGACAGAGUCGCAGGAUAAAGAGGUGGAGGAAGCGCGAAAAAUGAUAGAUCAGGUUUUUGGUGUUCUUGAGUCGCCUGAAUUUUCCAGAAUCUCUUCAGCAUUUAGACCAAUAAUUAAAGGUGAAAAGGACGACUCUGGUUCUAAUCAGCAUCUAAUCAGUGAAAAUGGCACUAGUCAGAAGUCACCCUUGCUCCAGGCAUUUGCCUCAAAAGCUGUGAGUGGGUCUCAGGCUGAUGCACAGGUGUCUGCGGCAUCUCAAGGGAGUCAGAAGUGGGUGUCUAGGUGGGCAAGCCUUGCGGACAGUUACUCUGACUCUGGGCAGGGUGAUGGAGCUGCAGAAAGCAGUGUAGCCCCAAAACCUGGGGAACCAGAAAAUGCUGUGCCCUUGAGAACAAGGCGUCUUCUUCCCCAACUCCCACCAAGUGAUAAAUCAGACAGCCCCACGCCCACAGUCCUGGUCUGCCAGGAGUCCUAUUCUGAGGUUACUAAGAGAACCAUCGUGAAGGACCACUGCGUGGAAGCCUAUAGCGAUCCCAGCAGCCGCCUCUUCAUCCAAGAGGACUUGGAUCCAGAUAGCCUUAGCGAUGCCAGCAGAUCUGAUGAUGGCUUCAGCACGGAAAAAGGCAAGAAAUAUAAAGAGAACAAUAAAAUGCUAGAGCAGAUGGGGGAAGAAACAAAAUCAGAGAGCCGACAGCCAGGAGCCUCCCGGGUCUCAAACGUGAGAGCUGUUAGUGAGCCAGUUUCUACUUCGUUCUACAUUGGUGAUGACAGCAACGAUGCGGGGAUUCCCUCAAAGCUCUCUCUGAGCGUGUCCCAUGCUCGAGCAGACAAAGACAGCAAGGAUCAGGAGUUUACCUUCAAGUCUGCUGGCACACCAGUUCCGGGAAAGCCACCGGUCAAAGAUGUUAGCGCUUACAUUAAUGCAUCAGGAAAAGUGGUUAUUUCCCUUCACCAGAGUCUUCCUCAAGAUCAGGAAAACAUGCCAGGAAAGGAAACAUCAUCUUUUGUUAGACAGGAAAGUUUUACCAAAGAUAAAUCAAGCGGUGGUGUUCCUCAAAAGAAACUCCCACAUAUUUCAAGUCACCCUCUGCUUAAAGAUUUAGAGGCUGUUCGGUCAACCCGUAUGGACUUUGGUCAGGAGACUCAUCUUCUCCUUAAGGACACUGAAACUGCUUUGGCAGCAUUGGAAGCCAAAUUACUUGGUCAAAACCAACAGCUGGAGCCCUCGGAAACUGCUGGUCAGCUGGAGGACUCCUUGUCGGGGGACUCUGACGUGGACACCGCUAGCACCGUCAGCUUAGUGAGUGGCAAGAACGUCCCAACGAGCGCCCCAAAACGCAAAGCAGUGACGAGCUUGCAGAAGGAGAAAUCUUCCUCCACGCCAUCCAUCCAGGACCAGUGCGGGCAGCCCAGUGCUCGGGACAGGCUGACGGAGAAGCGGAAAACGCAGGCGCCAGAGGCAUCAAACCGCGCGGAGGCUGCCAAACGCUUCCAGAUGAAGCGGAGCGCUGGGGCUCGAGGGUCGCUUGACUUCACAGAUGACGAGAGAAACUCGAGCCUGCCCUACUCGCCAGUCCCUGAUGCAGUUGUGUCUGACCACGAGCACUCUGUAACACGGCCAGUUCCCAGAAGGAAACCUUUUACCCAGGCCACCAGGGAGGACCACAGCAAAACGACCUCAAAUGUGCAGAAAAUCCAGCAAGUUCUCACCCGCUCCAACAGUUUAUCCACCCCACGGCCCACGAGGGCCUCAAAGCUACGUCGUGCCCGGCUGGGAGAUGCUUCAGACAACGAAUGUGUUGAUGCGGACAAAACGGCCUCCAACCCUGAAGCCACUGCUCCAGGCCCUAAGCAGUCCACGGAGACAAAGAAGCUCUCCCGGCUGGACAUCCUCGCCAUGCCAAGGAAACGGGCAGGUUCAUUUACAGUGCCCAGUGACUCUGAGACAGCGCAGUCGAGAACGGGGUUUUCGGGCCGGAGCGUGGAGACCUAUCGGAAGACGGGCGUUUCCGAGGCGAGAAACCCCCCAGCCACUGCCUCCACGAAGCAGCCUUUUAGCAGGACUCGUUCAAGCAGUGUCAAGUAUUCCUCUUCGUCCA